UUUGUUUUUUAAUCGCAAACGACUUUAAAAUUUGAGUAGCAUUUAUACAAUAAUCCCCCCCCCCCCGACUUUGCAGCGUACAUGCAAAAGAGUGUACUUAGCAUAUCCAUGCACGUACGUGAACACGUGCUUUCGUUUACGUUUUCACGUGGGCGGGAAGUUCUCCAGGAAAUUUGAUUGGACGGAUUAAAUUGCUAGACACGCCCCUUUAACUUUUAGUAAACGUCAAAGUGUUGCGCGCAUUGAAUCCUAUUUCACGGUCCAAUGAAAUCUGCGGACAAGUAGAUUUUUGAAUAAUUAAUUUGCAGAGCAGACGUUUUUUCUUGACAUGCUGAAUCAAUGCCAAGACUGACUGGUUACCGAUCAAUCUCCGUACCAAUUCACGCGAUGAUAUCGCACGAGGACCAGCGAGACAGAAAAAGAAGGAGAAUUUUUAAGAAGAUAAACAUGGCGAAUGACGUCCGAUCUUUCUUACUUUUGCCUCUUAAUUUUACCAUCGAUAUUAUGAUGUAGGGAGGAAAUAUUUGCCGUUAUCAGGGGACCGUAAAUUGGACUCUUGAAGUUGAGGUAAAUAGACUGAGUUGAGGCAUUAAACAUGGCUGGAGACCGUCCAUUGCGGCUUACUGGAGAACCAACGGAAGACGGUGGCGAUGACUCGAGUAUGGGCGUGUGCUACUACAUCCUCUUUGCCUGUUCAUUCAUCUUGUGCUGUCUCACCGUGCCAGUGUCGCUCUGCUUUGUCUUCAGAACAGUGCAAGAGUACGAGCGAGCAAUCAUCUUCCGCGCAGGACGUCUUCUCCCUGGAGGAGCUAAAGGCCCUGGAUUGUUCUUCAUCUUGCCAUGCAUCGAUGAGUUCAGAGUGGUAGAUCUCAGGACGUUAUCCUUUGAUGUACCGCCUCAGGAGAUUCUGUCUAAAGACAGCGUGACCGUUACCGUGGAUGCAGUGGUCUACUUCCGAGUCCAGAAUCCCACCAUGUCCAUCGUCAACGUGGAGAACUUCAAACGUUCUACCGAGCUUCUGUCUGCGACGACUCUGCGUAACGUCUUGGGGACUAAGACCCUUGCAGAGGUCUUGAGUUCCCGAGAGUCCAUCAGUAGUCACAUGCAGUCGGUCUUGGAUGAGGCAACGGAUCCGUGGGGCGUCAAAGUGGAGAGAGUUGAAAUUAAGGAUGUGAGGUUGCCUCUGAUGUUGCAGCGUGCAAUGGCUGCUGAGGCUGAGGCUUCAAGGGAGGCUCGUGCUAAGGUGAUAGCUGCGGAGGGUGAGCAGAACGCCUCCCGGGCUCUCAAGGAAGCAGCGGACAUCAUGGCCGAGUCACCUAACGCCCUCCAGCUCCGCUAUCUGCAGACCCUCAACACCAUCUCAGCAGAGAGAAACUCGACAAUCAUCUUCCCAUUGCCCAUUGAUCUGCUGUCUUCACUGAUGGAGAAGUGAGUCUUAAAGACGAGGUGAGGAUGGAAAAGGAGGAGAGGUCAUCUCCUCAAGUCUGCAUGCUGUGUCUUGUAUGUAAGUUCUUAGAUCUGUUUUAUAUACCAGUACUUUUAACCUGUUGCUGCUUUAGAUUCAUAAUCAUGAUAUUGCAAUCGUUAAGUUGAUUCAAUCUCAAAAAUGGUGUGAGUUCUCUUGCCAUUGGGAACCCUCAUAACGCAAUUUCAAACUGGACUUGGCCAUUAUCAAGUGAAUAACAAGUACAUUCAUUUGCUGAUUUUCUCACAUCGUAACAUCUGGCAAUUUUACGCAGUUGUCAUGAAGAAGAAUAACUUCCUUUCCCGAAAUUCAUUUGCAAUCUUAAAAAUGAUAUUUGAUGUUGAAAACCCAAAAUCCUUCUAGAAUGUCAUCAGUCACAAAGACACCCUGUAGUGAACAGGUCUGCUUGGCAGUUGUUACUGUCUCACCGUCUCUCGGAGUUUUAUCAAAAUCCAACUUUGGCGUAUAACCCGGAUUGUUUGAAUCCUGCCAUAUUUAUUCAUUUAUUUAUUUAUAUAUAUUUCUAUAUUCACAUACAGUGUUUAAGAGCGUAUUUAUGUUUUAUUUUUGUUAAUUUGUCUGCUAGAUUCUGUAAAAUAUUUAUUUUAAUAUAUUUAUUAAGUAGAUUUAACUUUGUUAUUAUGGCAAUGUGAUGUGUGUGCAAUUUUUAUGUGUAGGACAUU